AAAUGAGAAUUUAUUCCAUUUUUCUCGAUCAGUGUUGUUUUGCAUUUUUCCUUUUUUUCUCUCUUUGUAUACUCCUUAACGUGCGCCGGUUAAAGCUCUUAACCUACGCACAUCGCCGGCGAAUUUAUGAUUAUCUAAGUCCGUCGGUUAUAUUCAAAGACUAGAGAAGAGAUCGUAGUCGGAAAGAUUUUAUGGAGGUUAUGGUUGGAUCGUCUUAUGGAAUCGGCAUGGCGGCGUACGUUAGAGAUCGCGGCGGUGUUUCGGCGCAGGAUAAGGCUGUUCAAACGGCUUUGUUCUUGGCGGAUGAAUCGGGACGCGGUGGAUCGCAGAUCGGGAUCGGGUUAAGGAUGAGUAAUAAUAAUAGUAAGUCGCCGGAGGAAUCGUCGGAUAGUUCGUCGUCGAUCGGAGAGAGCAGUGAAAACGAGGAGGAGGAAGAAGACGACGCCGUUUCGUGCCAGAGAGGAACACUUGAUAUGUUUGGUUCUUCUCUUGAAGACUCUCUCCCGAUUAAGAGAGGAUUAUCGAACCAUUAUGUCGGGAAAUCGAAAUCGUUUGGGAAUUUAAUGGAAGCUGCGAGUACCGCAAAGGAUUUGGAGAAAGUUGAGAAUCCAUUUAACAAGAGAAGGAGAUUGGUUAUUGCUAAUAAGCUAAGGAGAAGAGGAAGAUCUAUGUCAGCUUCGAGUUUCUACUCGUGGCAAAACCCUAAUUCAAUGCCUUUACUUGCACUCCAAGAACCUAAUGAAGAGGAUCAUCGCAAUGAUGACUAUGAGGAUGAUGAUGAUGGUGGUGAUGACCAUAGGAAGAUUAUGAUGAUGAUGAAGAAUAAAAGAGAUUUGAUGGCUCAGACUCGAAGCUGUUUCUGUCUAAGUAGUUUGCAAGAGGAAGAUGAUGGUGAUGGUGAUGGUGAUGAUGAAGAUGAAUGAUCAAUCAAGUAACAUUGUUUCU